GAACGCGUUACAUUUAAGGUCGUCAAGGAGCUUACCCAAAAAAAACUGCUGCAAAAUGCUGAAAAACAUUCACGAACGCACGGUGAAGAAGGUGAAGGGUAACCACUAUGUGGCGACGCACGGACGAGAUACGGUUGAUCUACCGUACGCCCAAGCCAACCGAGGCUACUCGACAGACGGCGAGGACAGCCAAAGGGCGCCAUCGGAGCGCACCCUGUCCGAGUACACGGUGGCAAACGAACGGGCAACCCCACCGACGGCUCCAGCUCGGAAGUCACGCUCGGAGCACAAGUACCAGAACAACGGGGGACCCCGCCCACUCUCUAGUCCACCGACGCGUGCCCCACCAAGGGCUCCGUCCGCGCUUAGCUACGAUCACGGGGGCGAAACUGGCAGUGACAUCUACGUCACGUCGGCGGCCUACAAGGCACCAUCGGAAAUAAGCCGGUACAGUGCCCACCGGACGCACCAAUCUCGUGGACCCCGGAGUGUUUACAGCGUUGCCAGCACGGCGAAAACGGGACGCAGUUCCCGACGGCACGGUGCCAAGGUGGAGGCGAUGUCCGCACCGAACCCGUUCUGUCCGAACGUGAAGGGCGUGUGCUGUCUGAUGUUGCUGCUGAACCUGGGUCUGAUCCUGAUUACGCUCGGGUUUGUCAUCGUGAUGCAGUUUAUGGAGCCGCUGUUCGUGUGGAUCCUGGGUGUGGUGUUCCUGAUCUUCGGGUUUGGAACGCUGAUCGGCAGCAUGAUCUACUGCGUGAUCGUGUGCCGGGACGCGAAAACUCCAUCCCAGCUGAAGAACGAAGAUCUGUACUGGACGAAGCACUGGCAGAAGAGCAUCGGGUACACGCCGCAAGAGAUCGACUAUAAAACGGACCGGUUCGACGAGCGCGAUCGAUACUCGGAUCGAUUCUCGGUCAGCAAAAUGAGCGGCAAAUAUUCCGACCGUGACAUCACGCGGUACUGAGGAUGAACCGGGCGAGCUUUUGAGGGGAGUGAUUUUAUCAACAUCAAAAGGACACUUGACGCACGGGACCGAAGAACACUGAUAACUGACGCUAGCCGGCAGAAGAGCUACUCUUACAGAUAAAAUUAUCGUAAUUCGCGUCUUCGAUGCAUCCGUUCCACUCCAAACCAUACCUACUAACCAUUUAAAUUAAAUGAUUUCGUUAUGACCUGUACGGAGCAGGUCCAGUGGAUGCGAUUCUAAUGGAGAUUUUCGCAUUCCAGUUGCACGACGGAAAACGAAAGCAAACGAAACGAAAGCAAAAGGAAAAUGAAUGUUCAACGUCGAAACGAACAGCGAGAACUUUAACUAGUUAUACAAUUUUACAUGAAACGUAGAGCAAUAAUUGUAACCUGAUUAGAAGGAUAAUCUGUAACGUUUACUAAUACUGUCAAUAUGCGUAAUAAUUCCCUCCCAUGAACACCGCAGGCGUGGAAACCUUUACACUUCCCACGUCGAAAACAUUUUUCUUCCUCGUGAAAAUCCCCGCCCCUUAUUUACUGUUUUCUACAGAGCCCUUUUCCCCGUAGUAAAGCGUUGUGUAAAUAA